AUGGAUCGAGGGUCAUUGACAGAUGAGGUGAGAAACUACUUGAAGCAAAAAAGGUACGUUGUCGUGUUUGAUGAUGUUUGGAGUGUACAUUUUUGGGAUGAUGUUGAAUUUGCUGUAAUUGAUAAUAAAAAUGGAAGUAAGGUAUUGAUAACAACUAGGAACCUAGAUGUUGUGGUGUCUUGUGAAAAGUCUUCUUUCAUUGAGGUGCUUAAAUUGGAACCUUUAUCUCAAGAACAAUCUUUGGAGUUGUUCAAUAAGAAGGCAUUUAAAUUUGACCAUGAUGGGUGCUGUCCAAAAGAGCUCAUUGGUAUAGCCAAUGAAAUUGUUCAAAAAUGCAAUGGCUUACCACUAGCAAUUGUUGCCAUUGGUGGUCUUUUAUCUACUAGAGAGAAAACUGGGUUUGAGUGGCAUAGAUUUAGAGAAAACUUAAAUUUAGAACUAAAGAAAGACACCCAUUUAAUAGGUAUAAAAGAAAUUCUUGGUUUAAGCUAUGAUGAUUUGCCUUAUUAUCUCAAGUCAUGCUUGUUGUAUUUUGUAAUAUAUCCAGAAGAUUACGUAGUUAGGUCAAAGAGAGUGAUUCGACAAUGGAUAGCUGAAGGGUUUGUGAAGGAAGAAAGGGGGAAGACUUUGGAAGAAGUAGCUGAAAGAUAUUUAACGGAAUUGAUCCAUCGAAACUUGGUGCAAGUAACUUCACUAAGAAUUGAUGGUAAAGUUAAACAUUGUCGUGUUCAUGAUCUAAUACGCGAGAUGAUCCUUGAAAAAAAUGAGGAUUUAAACUUUUGCAAGCAUAUUAGUGAUGAUGGACAAUCAACCUUAAGCGGAAUAACUAGACGCUUAUUAAUAACAACCGAAUUAACAAGCACCAGUUUGUAUGAUUUAAUCCUCAAUACUGAAAGGUCGCAUGUUCGGUCUUUAUUUGUUUUUGGAAAUAAUGCAUCAACUUUCUUAUCUUUUCGGAGAAUCCCUACAAAAUUCAGGUUGUUGAAGAUUCUUGAUUAUGAACGUGUUCGAUUGUUGCAUGUUCCUAAUGAGGUUGGAAGUUUGAUCCAUUUGAAGUAUUUAAGUUUCAAUUAUAUUAGAGAUGGUAAAAUCCCAAAAUCCAUUGGCAUGCUCCAGAACCUAGAGACCUUAGAAGUAAGAGAUACAGAUACCCUUCAGUUGCCAAAAGAGAUUAGCAAGCUUAGACAGCUAAGACAUCUUAUCGGCACUAAUAUUUCUUUGAUUGAACUAAAGAAUGGUAUCGGAGAGAUGACAUCCUUACAAACGCUACGCAAUAUUGAUUUAGAUAUGGAUGGAGCAGCAGAGGUAAUUAAAGAGUUAGGAAAGCUGAAACAAAUCAGGGAUUUGGGGUUGAUUAAUGUUCAUGAAGAAGAUGGAAGCAUUAUAUCUUCUUCAAUCAAUGAAAUGCAACACAUGGAGAAACUAUUUGUUUCAUCAUAUAAGAAUUUUCAUAAACUCGAUGAUUUGCAUUUGAAUUCCACGUCAACUAUGGUUCGCAAACUUACACUAAUUGGGUGGUUACAGAAGUUGCCAGAGUGGAUUCCAGAGCUUCAAAAUCUUGUUGUGUUGAGGUUGAUGCGUUCCAUUUUAACUGAAGAUCCAAUGCAAUCCCUAAAAUAUUUGCAGCACUUGUUGAUCCUCUCUAUAAAAGAAAUUGCUUAUGAAGGUUUAUGUUUGCAUUUUGAAGAUGGAGGGUUUCAGAAACUAAAGGAACUGUAUGUUGAAAAAUCAAAUGAAUUGAGAGAUAGUAUUAUCGACAAAGGAGCACUUCCUUCUCUGAAAAAGCUUCGGUUACACGGACUCUUCAGUCUGAAGACUAUGCCAACAGGAAUCCAACAUCUAGAGAAGCUUGAAGUUCUCUAUAUUGGGUAUGCUGGAAUUGAACAUUUGGAGGACAUUUCCACUGAGGAUUGGAAUUGGAUCUUCAAGUAUGGGCCCGCUGUUGAAAUUACUACCCCUAGUGGAUUUGUUACUCUAAAUCCAAUAAGGUAG